AUUAUAAUGAUCUGGACACCCACAGUUAGUGUUUUCAUGUCUAUUAAAACCCUGAGGUGAAACCCUAAGUCUCCUAGCAGCAGAAUAGCACUUAAGAGGAGCAACACCCUACAGAAGGUUAUUGCUGUAACGGAGACGAGGUAAGGAAGUUGUGAGCUGAGUUGACUCUAUUCAUUUAACCAUGCAGAACGAAGAGGGACAGAAUGUGGAUCUCUACAUCCCCAGAAAAUGCUCGGCUACCAAUAGGCUGAUUACGUCAAAAGACCAUGCAUCUGUCCAAAUCAAUAUAGGACACGUUGAUGAGAAUGGUAUAUGCACAGGCCAGUUUACCACAUUUGCUCUUUGUGGGGUUGUUAGAGCUCAGGGAGAGGCUGAUAGUUCUGUGGAUAGACUCUGGCAUAAGAAGAAAGCAGAAUUAGCACAAUGACUGGCUUAUAAGAGAUUUUAAGAAAAUGUUUACCAGAAUUUCAAUUUACUUGCCUUGAAAUUUUUCUUUGGGUGUACCAUUUUUUUUUGGGUCUUAAGGAUGCUGGAAAAUGGAUUUUAAGAAAACGUUUACCAGAAUUUCAAAUUAUUUGUCAAAUUUUUUUUCUUCAGGUGUAGUGUUUUUUUUUCAUCCUCAAUGUUAGAGCUGGAAAAUGAAUUUCUGUUUGAUAAUGAUUUUUAUGGUUUCUGGUAAUUAGAAGCUUGAAUUUCUAGUUC